AUGGCGAAAACCAAAGGUGAAACUGGUUCCGGAAGCACUCAAGUCCCGGCGAAGAAGAAGGCUGCCAAGUCCCGACCUCCGACUAAACGGACCACCAGACGAACCGCAUCCGAUGAAACAUUUACCAAAGCUACAGAAGAUCCGGUCGCGGUCAGUCAGGCGGAGGAGAUAGGGCCAGAAGACGUUCAUGUGGAAGAGGGGCGUGAGGCAAAAAAAGAGGCGGCGGAGGAAAUGGGCGAGAAAUCGGAAAAGGCCAUCGAGAAAGAACAAGUCGCACCUACCCCACCAGUGAAAAAGCCUAGGAAAGCUCUGAAGAAGGCAACUCCCGCUCGAACUGCCAAAGAGCGGGAACCCACUCCGAUUCCCCCUGAACCACAGGCGCCAUCUCUCGAAGAAGGGAAGACGGCAACGGCAUCCGAAGAUGGAGAAGAAGAAGGAGAGGAGGCCACGAAAGAGAUUGAGAUGGAGACCUCCACCCCUCAGAGCAAGGUGGCGAGAGUUGGAGCAAAAAGGAAGUUGGACGUCACCAAGCCCCCUCUGCCCACGAAGACCAGACCGGCGGCGGCCGGAAGUAAGACGAAGGGUAAGGAGGUCCAGAGCAGAACUAGGAGAGCAACCCCUGCUGAGAAAGGAAAGAGCAAGCAAGCCGAGGAAGAUCCAGAGAGAACUGAGACCGUGGAUAGCUCCAAGUCUGAGGAGGUUUUGGCGCCAAAGAAACCUACCUCCAGUACAGCCACUACUGCAAAGCCGAAACUUGCAAAGCAAAAGGGGCUGAUACGCACCACUGCUUCAGGAGUGGUCAUACCGAGAGACAGCCAGAGGUAUGCCGUCCUACAAAACAGAGAAAUUACCCCUUGGUAUUUCCUGGUUACUGAAGCUUUGGAGGAUUUGGGGAUCAAGGAGAAAGUAGAGGGUUAUUUUGAGGGGAUUGGUUGGAAGAAAGUACUGGAGUGGAACCCUAAAGCAUACCAGAAGUUAAUGGAGGAGUUCAUGGGAACUGUCGAGUUCAAGCCCAAAAGGAAACUACACAAUUGA